ACGACCGAGGAGAGAGAGAAAGAAAGAACGGCUAACUUACAGUUGAAGACACCAUUUUACUGUGUGUGUUAUGUUUGUUAUGUAUGUUCCGGAUGGAAUAUAUACAUUAUAUAUAGAUAUGUAUGUGUACAUGUGCAUGUAUAUAUGCAAACGCCAUCUUCUUUGUUUAUACCAAUAGAUCAGGACUGAAACGCACUGAAAAAAAAAAAAAAAACUCUUAGAUCAGUAAUAGUUAUCGUUGUAGUUAUUGUAUGUGUUAUUUUUGUUAUUGAUGCUGUUGUUAAGGUUAUUAUGAAAAAGGAAAUGUUGUAUUCCUAAUUUGUUUUUUGUUGUUUUUUUUUAAAGUGAAACAAUAUAAGAUUACACAAAAUAUUCCCAACAAAAUGAUAAAUUAUUUUAAAAAGAAGGAUCAGGGAACUUUAAGAAAAAGUUGAGUACGACGGCAACCACUUAAAAGGAACGAAAAAUACCAUAAAUAUUUAACUGAGAGAAAAAAAAAUAAUGGAAAGAAAUGUUUGAGAAAUGACCCUGAACUUUGAAACAAAAAUAUUAGUAGUAGUAGUAGUAGUAGUUGUAGUUGUAAUAUCAUUAGCAGUAAUAAAUAGCUAAGGUAAAUGGUACUGUACAGGCCACUUAAUCAACGACAGUUACAAUAACAAUGCCGAUACGAACGCAUAAUGUUACAAAGUAAACAAAGGAAGAAAAGAGAUAUAUAUAAUAAUUGUUUGUUUGUUUUUAACAACUAAUUUAUCACCUCAUUCCUCACCUCUCAUUCCUCCUAAAAUUAUGAACAAAUAUUAACAACAUCGACAAGUUACAAUAAUAACAACGCGAUUCGGUAAUAACGAAAACAAUAACAAUAUUAGUCUGAACCACAUCUACAACAGUGGUGUUAAAUUUAAAGUCAAAAGGAAAAUACAUUGUAUUCAGUUUUACUCGACAAUAUAGUUUAUAUAUUUUCUGAAAAAAUUAUUACCUUAUGGAAGUGACUACAAGUGAUCAGGAUCUGCACACGAUCGGCAAUGAAGUUGGGUUCGAAAAUGAAGGUUUGGAUUUCACCCAGUUGGAGGACUACAUUAACAACGACAACAGCACAUAUUUCCCUGGUGACCUAAUCUCAGCUGUGACAUACAAUAACGGUUUACAAGAGAGUCUGGUCGGAGCCGACUCAUCCUCGUGUGCGAACCAUGGAGCCGGCGGAUCUCUUAGUGGUGGCAAUCACAAUCAAUUAAAGAUCAACUCAUCACAGCAGGGUCUACAUCCUCUUGACAUUCAUCACAGCCACCCCUCAAAUUGUGCAGCAGCAGUUACUACAGCAACAGCUGCAGGCAUGUACUGCAUUACUGCUGCAAAUCCAAAUGUCAUCAGCUUUAAGAACAAUGCAACCUCCCUUCCAGACAGCCCUCCAGAUUCAGAACCUUACUCUCCUUCAGACGAACAGCAAGAUACCAAACAUAGUAUUCCAGGUGGCAUAUCUCAUCACAACCCUCACAACAACCCGCAACAGCGUCACCAUCAACAGAACCUCAAUAACCCCAAUGUGGUGCCUCACUUGCAGCCGCACCAUUCACCUCAUCCAUCACGACCACCGCAUGAUCUCCGUAAUGGUAUAGCCCAAACACCUCAGCAACACAUGUACCCUCCUUUGGGUGGCAAUACGUCAGUGAGAGGACCAUCCGGCAACAUGCAUCUGGUCUCUCAUGGCAAUGUUAGUGGGACUCGGAACUUGGGUUACAGCUCUUAUCUAUGUAACGACCCACUGAAGCUAAAUCCUUCUGUCCCUACACAAGCUUUGAUCUCGUCCUCAAAUAUACAAUCGGUACCCCCGGGUCUCCCCCAGAACUGUUCUCUGAUGAAUCAACAACCACAGUCACAACAGCAACAACAGCAACAGCAACAACAACAACAGCAACAAUCACUCAUGCAUUAUGGACAUUUGUCCAACUAUUUAAGUCAAGCUAACAGCGUCUCCAAGAAACGAAAGUACCCUGAAUCACCUAAUAAUACGUUAACCAAUACAAUGAUUAACAAUAUGAACGGUUUAUUGAACAUUAAACAAGAACCAUCGACUGCCUCCUAUGGCAACACGAGUUACAUUGGAGACUGCAGUGAGGAGGACUAUUAUGAUAUUGAAAAUGCCAAUAACUUUGAUGGCUCUUACCAAGUCAUUAAGUGGCAACCAUUCCAACCAGCGAAAUGGGCAAUUCUCUGUGACGAUAACAGUGAAAUGCAGCCGCCCACUUAUCGAGUAGAUGCUGAUAAAGGAUUUAAUUUCUCUUUGGCGGAUGAUGCCUUCGUUUGUCAGAAGAAAAAUCAUUUCCAGGUAACAGUUCACAUUUGCCUGCCAAGUGAAGCAAAAUUUGUAAAGACUCCUGAAGGAAUUCACAAAAUUGACCAUUUUUACUUGCAUUUCAACGGCAUCAAGAUGGAGUCUACAGGUCAAACGAUCAAAAUUGAGCAAUCUCAGUCAGAUAGAAGUAAGAAGGCAUUUUAUCCAACAAGGAUCGAUCUGCACCCAAACCAAAUGUGCAAAGUGACGGUGGGCCGGCUGCACUUCAGUGAAACUACAUCGAAUAACAUGCGGAAGAAAGGAAAACCGAAUCCUGAUCAGCGUUAUUUCAUGUUGGUCGUGGGAUUACAUGCUCAUUGCGGAGAAAAUAAUUAUGUAGUGGCAGCACAUGUAUCAGAGAAGAUCAUCGUGAGGGCUUCGAACCCGGGUCAGUUUGAUAGUGAUGUUGAUGUGGUUUGGCAGAAAGGACAUGUACAAGACGCUGUGUUCCACUUGGGUAAAGUUGGGAUAAACACAGACCAUCCAGACGAGAGCCUAACAGUAAACGGUAAUCUAAAACUCACCGGUCAUAUCCUUCAUCCUUCCGAUAAGAGAGCGAAAGAAGAAAUAAAAGAGGUCAACUCCAAAGAACAGCUGACCAAUAUCCAGCAGAUGCGGAUUUAUAAAUAUUCCUACAAUAACGACUACGCCAAAGUGGCUGGCCUGGAGGAGACUACGCGCCAAGAGACUGGAGUGAUUGCUCAGGAAUUACGGGAAGUCCUGCCUGACGCCGUCAGAGAAACAGGGGACUUGGUGCUGCCGAGUGGGCGAAUCAUUGAGAACUUUCUCACUGUCAAUAAGGAUCGUAUUUUCUUGGAGAAUGUCGGUGCCGUUAAGGAACUCUGCAAACUUACUGACAAUCUGGAGACCAGAAUCAACGAGUUGGAAAGAAUGAAUAACCGUUUGUCCAAAUUAAAACGUUUCGACAGCCUAAAGUCAACUAUCAGUUCGAAAUCGACAUGUAGUUUAAGCACUGUGUCCAGUGCUCCUGUAAAAAGCAAACAGCCUUAUCCACACCACCACCAUCACCAUCAUCAUCACCACAGGAGUUCUGGAGCCAGCACACCAUUCAGUGGUUCACCUCAUGGCAGUACGACACCAUUCUUUGGGAUCAAAUGCUGCAGCUACAGAACAUUCCAGAUAUGUGUGCUUCUGCUGAUCCUCUUUAUAGCAUUUUGCAGUAUUGUGACCAUCUCCAUCAUGUACAUCGUUCAGAACCAAAAAGUUCACAGUACGCACUUACAAAGCCAUCUUGAAUGGAAAAUGAGCAGUGACAACCAAAUUAAAUCUCCAAAUACAACAGUUAGUAAAAGCCGAUCAUCUAUAACGACACCGAUACAUAGAGUGACCAAACAAACAAGACCUCCACGACGCCUAAAUUACUGGACACAACAAAGUCAUCAUCGUCAACAACAUCAUCAUCGUCAUCAUCAUCAUCCUCAUCAUCAUCGUCAUCAUCAAGGGAAAGAUAUACAUCCAAGAAGCCGACAAACAAACCUACUCACAGAUAUAUUGUGCCAGCUUACCCUCCCUGUAAGUCUGCAAACUGUGAAGAGUUCUGUUGCCCACCACCACUGGAGACUGAAGCACGGCAAGAAGACAAUAGGCAACAAUACAACCCAAGCUACAACUUCACUGGGAUGCAAUCACAAAUCAAUCGGCCAUUAGCUGACGAACCAAUUCACGUUGUUAUCCAUCAACCGACUGCUCCAAUUAUGAAGGUCAACAUCUAUGACCCCAGGGACGAUGACAACAAAAUCAACUCCUAUUUCCUGCGACGAGGAAAAAGGUUGGCCAGACACAAGAGAGACACUGACA